CAAGAGCGGCAGGACAGCGCCUUCAGUCACCAAAAGAGCCACGGGAGAUGAUUCAUUUAUUUUUGUUUGAUCAAAGUUGUUUCAUUUGUUUUCAUCUGGAUCAUACUGGGCAAAGCGUGCGGCUUACAAAGAAGAAAUAUUAAAAAAUAGGCCUAUAUAUUUUGAUUCUGUCACUUGGAAGGCGGACAGGAUAUUUGGAGAAAAGGGUUGCGCACCUUUAGUAAGUGUUCUUGGAGCUGCCAUUCAAGAUGACAGACGUCGUUUCGGCAAUGGACACAGAUUCAAAGUGCCCUGUGAGUUCCCUCGAACCGGAGUCAGAUCAGAGCCUCGAUUCUCCAAAGAGCCCACCCCUGGACUUGAUUGACACAGGAAAAGCACUGAAAGUACAAACUGCCACCCCUCAUCUGGUAAGCCUUGGCAGCGGAAGACUCAGUGUAGCCAUUACUCUACUACCUCUGAAAGAGGGAGUGACACGCAUAGGCCGUGAUGACGCCCCUGUACCUCAAGACAUCACUAUAGAGGGACCCGGAAUUGAAGCAGAACACUGCAAAAUCGAGAACAGAGGAGGGUUCAUCACACUAGACCCCUGCGGACACAUGUGUUCACUCGAUGGGGUCCCGGUCACCAAGUCCACACAACUCACACAAGGAUACACACUCUGUCUGGGUAAAUCUUACAUCUUUCGUUUUAACCAUCCAGAGGAGGCAAACCGAAUGAAAAGCAUGUUGCCUCAGAAGAGUCCAGUUUCUCCACUGAUGUACAGCACAGAUUAUCUGAAGUUCAGCAGUGACUUUAGUCACUGUCUGGGUGGAACCAGCUCUAGAGGGAUGCGCUCUGUAUCCGAAUUGCGGGAUUUGAUGGACACUUUACAGAAAAAGAAACAGGCACUGGAGAACAGCUUGCGAGCCAAUGGUGACUCUAGCCCCUCCUACUUCAGCAUGACACAGUCUCCACCCACCACACCGAGUCUGCUGUCACCCCUCACCACCUCCUCCCCAAUGCAUUCCUAUCAGGAACAAGCCAGGCGAUUGUACAGCUCAGAACGGCCGCCACUUUCAAACAAAGUUCCUGCCCAUUCGUCCAACAGUAUGCCUCCCUCACCUCGCUGUUUCGACCCCCUUGAACGUGAAAUGUCCCUUCCUUACUCGCGACCCAUGUCUCGUAACCAAUCUCAGGAUAGUCUGCUCCCCUCUACGUCAGAUAGUCGGCGUGUAGCGGCUUCCGGCUCUUCGCUCUCAAUGUGGAAUGGAUCCACCACCAGUGCAGCCGAUUCCCAUCCCCCAACUACAGGUGGCGAAAGUGGGGCAGCCAGCAUGCCGUCAAGCCCCCAUAUGGCUCGCAGAUUCCAUGCCUCAGACGCAGGACGUAACUGUGGGCCCACUCCCCGGCAAAGGAAGUACUCCGCUGGGUCGCUUACUGGCAUGAGCUCACACAGUCGCUCCCUACCACGCCUCUAUCGACCAGCUGACAACCAGUUCACCCUCCCCCCAAUCUAUCGAUCUCCUGAUGGCCAACCUCCUCACACAACUGCCAUCCUUGAGCCCAACCACCCGAAUGGGCACUCCGAAGUAGUCUCCAUUUCCCUUUCCACCAAACCUGGUACCAAGCUCAUGGCAUCCCCUCCGGAUGUCACCAUGACGUCAGGAGAAGCCACCAGUCCUCGCCAGGCCAAGAAGGUUAGUCUAACCUCUACCAGCUCCUACUCGGAACUAGAUCAACAAGGUCUACAUGGUUCCUCCCAAGUUUUGGAGAUUGGACUUGGGGAGAGGAGGCAGUCAUUUGGGAAGUCAGGGCUGGGUCCGCAAGGUGGCUUCAGGGAGAGGAAGGGUAGUAUCAGCUCUCUCAGUGGAAAAGAAGAGCUUCAAGACUACCAUAUGAGACAGAGAGACGAAAGACUGCGGGAACAGGAGGUGGAGAGAUUGGAACGCCAGCGUCUGGAGACUAUCCUGAAUCUGUGUUCUGAGCUGGGCCGCGUAGAGCAGGACAAAACUGGCUCGGCUGUCGCAGACUUGCAGAAGAUCAAUAAGGAGCUGGAGAAAUUACAGGUGUCAGAUGACGAGUCUGUGUUUUCAGAUUCUGCAAGUCUCUCAGCCAGCAUUUCUGCAGAAAAUGACUACGGGCCUAAAGCCCGGGAGUCCCAGGCCAGUGAGGAGAGGCAAGUACGGCAGCGCAGGAGCAGUGGACACAGCAAUGUUAGGGCGGAGUCAUCAGCUGUCCUUGGCUCCGCCCCCACCCCUUCUCCUCGGCUGACAAGGACAAAUAAGUCACCUGAAGAAGACGCACAGCUGAAGCUGGAAGUGAGACGUAUCGAGGAGGAAAGAAUCCAAAUCCUGAAUAAUAUGGAUGAACUGGAGCUGAAGCUGAAAGACCUGGACAACCAGAUGGAAGAGUCCAUCAGAGAGUUGGAAGUGGAGCGUGCUUUGUUGGAGGGGGAGCAGGAUUCGGAGACUGCUCAACUGCAGCAGGAGAAAAACGCUUUGGAGCAACUUAAAGACAAGAUGGCUGACAUUGAGAACAAGGCGCAGAACGAAAAAUCUCAGGACAAAGCUAAGCUCGAUGGCGAGCGGGUAAAGUUAGAGUGGCUGGUGAAGCUGCUUGCAGAUCAGAAGACUCAGUUGGACACCUGCCCUGAAGCCCUGAAAGAGCAACUUCAACUGCAGCUCUGCAGGGAUGCAGAGGUGCUAGAGGUGGAGACCAAGCAUUUUGAAGAUCUGGAGUUUCAGCAGCUGGAGCGAGAGAGUCGUCAGGAUGAGGAGAAAGAGACUCAGACUCAAAAGAUUCUCAGGGAGAUUGCAGAAUACCAGCGGAGCGCUGUUACGCGAAAGGAGAAGCUCCUGGCCCUGAAGAAACAGUACACCCAGAUUACUCAGCAAGUUCAGAGGGACAAGGAGAACUUUGUGAAGGAAAAGAACAAUCUUCAGAUGAUGCUACAGCGGGAAAAGGAGAAUCUCGUCAGCUUGGAGAAGAAAUAUUCAGAGCUCACUGGGGCGCUGGUUUUCCCUGUUAGUCCCAUCAGUAUGAAGGAGAACUGCUUCCAAUUGGCCGACGUGUGUCUGCCUCAUAGUGAAUUGUGCCAUGCCCACAAAACCCUGUCUCCACUUCCUGCUGACCCACUGUUUUUUUCCACUCUUCUCUCCUCUCUCUCUAUCAAAAAUGCAGAGGGCUAUGUUACAGUCAAUGAGAUCAAUGAACUGUACACUCAGCUGGGGGUAGAACCCACCCACCCCCUCCCUACCCAAGCCCAGCCCUCCCCUGAUGCCCCUGCCACAGGGACUGACCCUGACCCCAGUCCUGCGGAGAGCACUGCCCUAUCAGGAGAGGGUGAGCUCUUUCCCUCUUCCUGUUCACUGUCCUCGUCCGCCGUUCUUUCUUCCUCCUUUACUGCAUGCUCUCGUCCCAACCCCAAACCUCCCUCUGUGCACUGGCCUGAAGAAAUGGUUACCUUCCUCAACUCCUCUCCUCCUCCUCCUCUACCUGCCAAAAAACAGCGCCGCCACAGGCAGCAUUUUCGCACCUUAGAGGAAAGGAAGCGGUACGGUAAAGAGGGUGGAGCUCAUUUGAGUGGCACUCUUCCUCGGACGAAUACCCAGCCUACUGUAAUCCCACAGUUCAACUGUGCCACCCUGGGACGUAACAUACCUUCUAAAUCUCAUCCACAUUUAGCUCAAAGCUCCAGCUGUGGGAGUGCGUUGAAUCGACCCCUUGCCAUUUCCCCUAAAGACAUACAAAUGGAAACACACCACCUGCACAAGGGGCACAGUCAGCAGCACAUCAGCGAGAAGCACCGAACAAAGUUGAAUGAUCUCAGCAGCCGGACUUCAUCACAGACCAACGUCUAUCUCGACUCCUUCGGUUACCAAGAUAACGGACGUGCCUUCGACACACUGAGUGUAGACAGCUCAGACAGUAUGGACACCAGCAUUUCCGCCUGCUCACCUGACAAUGUCUCCAGCGCCAGCACCUCCAAUGUUUCGAAGAUGGAGGAGAUGGAACGUCUUCUCCGGGAAGCUCAGAUGGAGAAGCACCAGCUCCUGGAACACCGGGAGAGAGAGAUGGAGUGCAAGAGCAGAGCUCUUGAAGAGGAGAGGAGAAGACGAGAAGAGCUGGAAAAGCGAUUGCAAGAAGAAACCAGCAGGAGGCAGAAACUCAUUGACAGAGAAGUUAAACUUCGCGAGAAACAGCGAGCACAGUCUCGUCCCCUGACACGCUACCUACCUGUAAGAAAGGACGACUUUGACCUUCGAGGCCAUAUCGAGUCAGCCGGACACAACACAGAGACCUGUUACCAUGUUUCCAUCACAGAGAAAACCUGCAGAGGCUUCCUUAUAAAGAUGGGUGGUAAAAUCAAAACCUGGAAGAAGCGCUGGUUUGUCUUCGACCGUAACCGCAGGACUCUGUCCUACUAUGCAGAUAAACAUGAAUCCAAACUGAAAGGAGUCAUUUAUUUCCAGGCCAUAGAGGAAGUGUAUUAUGACCACUUAAAGAGUGCCCACAAGAGUCCAAACCCUUCCCUGACGUUCAGUGUGAAGACUCAUGAUCGUGUGUACUACAUGGUGGCACCCUCUCCAGAGGCAAUGAGAAUCUGGAUGGACGUUAUCGUGACAGGGGCAGAGGGAUACACUCAAUUCAUGAUUUAGAUGUUGUCUGCCAGCAGGGGAGGAGGAAUGUGUGUGGAAUAAAGCCACCGGACUUGCUCUGCCAUCUUUCGCUCGAUGGUUUUAACACUGCCCCCCAAUGCUGGACGGAUCUUAUCUUGUAGAUGUUGUAUUUUCUUAUAAUAUGAACUGCUUUUGAUUCAAUCUCAUUAUAUAGUAUUUAAGCAUUACCCUUUGCUGCUUUGUACUGUUUAUGAAACUUUUACUUGGCGGCCUAGAGAAUGGAAUGGAACACAUAAACCAUAAUUACAAAUGUUAGGUGUGUGUGUGUGUGUGUGUGUGUGUGUGUGUGUGUGUGUGUGUGUGUGUGUGUGUGUGUGUGUGUGUGUGUGUGUGUGUGUGUGUGUGUGGAGAGUAAGAUGUGUUAAAUGAUAUUCAGUGUCAUUGUGCCACGAUGUGUGUGGUCUGUUUGCUACCUUGUGCACAGGACCUCAGGGACACACACAUUAUAUUCAUAAACAGCUGUCAGCUGUUUCUGCCAAAGAUAUGAACACAUGCUAUAUAAACAAACUUGUGUGUUCCUGUAUGUGUUGCAGUGCCUUCAGUUAUAUUAAUAUGCCUUUAAACUCAAUAUUAACAUAAUAAUCAAAGGUGCUAAGAGACAAACUUGCGUUUAUAUAUAAAUUUGCGUUUUUCUAUUUUUAACCUUCUGAAACACUAAAGCUGCUUGCAAUUCAGGCAUUACGCAGACUCCAAAGGUAAACGCAAAUUCCUGUUGUUCACGUUGAAUUAUGGCACACAGAAACCAGGUUUUGGAUACAUUUUAUAAUUCUUAAUAUGUAAAAUGUUUAUUUUACAGUAUAUGGACUUUAAUCAAUGCUUUUUGGCCCAUUUUCAGGCUAUGAUUAUGCCUAUUUGGUCUGUAGAAACAGCGUGUAGCGCCACACAUGACAGAAGCCUUCAGAAUACAAAAAACACCUUCUGGUUAACCAAUGAUUUUUCUGAUUUAAAGGAAUGGACACCCCAAAAUGUCAUCAUUUACUCACCCUCAUUUUGUUCUAACCACUUUGACUUUCUUCUGUGGAGCACAAAAUAAGACAUUAGGCAGAAUGACAGAACAUUGAACGUUGUAUGGGUUUGGAACAAUGUGAGAGUAAGUAAAUGAUGAUUUUUUUUUUUUUUUUUUUUUUUUUGUGAACUGUCCCUUUAACUUCAAUUACUACCACAUGUCCUUAAUUUCCUGUAUAGAUUGUGUAUUUUUUUAUUUUUUUAAGUGCAAGUCUGAAUUCUAAAGCCUUAGUUUCAUUACCACCAGCAGGAGGCAAGAGCAAUCUGAUAUAUUUGUAUCUGCUGUUAGUCAUAAGUUGCUUCUAUGAAUUAGCCUGCAGUCUGUAUUUGCUGAGCUGAUUUUAAUAUCCUGUUAAUAUUCCAUUAUGACAAAUAUUUAUACUUGUUUACCAUGCAUGCACCUUUAUUUCUGCAUACAGCAAAAUAAAGCAAAUGUAUACUGUUAUUGUGAUCUAUUUAUUCUUAAUCAUCAAAUGGAAGACAUUACAGAUCCAGUCUUCCUCAGCUGUGAUUUGUGUUUGCCUGUGUAUGUAGCCUUUCAUUUUAACCGUCUUACCUCCAUCUCCUCAGGCAAACAAGACUCACUGGACAGAAAUCAAAUUAAGGAUUUGAGUAAUAACAGGGUUGAGAGUAGAUUUGUCUGGAUGUUUAAAAGAUUAUGGUAUAGAUUGGAUGUUAUGUUAAGUCUGAUUACUCUAAACUCUCUUUGUUUGUUUGUUUUUUUAAUUGAUAAGUGAUAAACGCAACAAAUAGCAGAGGGAAUAUUUUCACAUGCAUUUUUAUUAAAACAUCCCUCAAAUGCAUAAUGUGCGCGCGCGCGCCUCCGGGCAUGCUCUAUUUUUUGCAUGUAUGGCUUGUUAGGAUGAGAAUACUGGCCUCAGGUUCUCUCAUAUUACGAUGAAUUAUGUGAUUAAUGCCAUGUAGUCAGUUUUCUUUUGUAGGAAUACUGUCCUUUACGUGUCCUUCCUUUGUGGGAAGACUGUUUGCAAAGGAUGUUUUAGUGAGGAGCUUCAAAUUAAAGCCGAGGUAAUCAUUUGUCAAUGUCCUCUAUGUGUAUUCUCCCUGAGAGAUGCUUGGGCCACUAUGUUCCCAAUAAAGUACCAGACACCUCUUCUCCUACUGCCAUCUUUCCACAGUUCUUUAUCACCAGUCAAUUCAUUCUUUCAUUUAACUUUAAAGUUUUUUUUUUUUUUCUGUUGUCACUUUCUAUUGUCACACUUGAACGCACACCCCUGCCCCCAUCUAAUAAAUUAAUGUAUUGUAAUUGAACGCAUCCUCAUAUAUCAGGAGGGGAAGGAGUGAUUGGACCCCAU